GAUAAAUAAUUGCUGGUAUUCCCUGCUUGCUUGUUUCGUUUUUUCUAUUUAGUAGAACAUUUUUGGAAGUUCUAAGUCUUUUUAUUCAUUGACAAGGUAAAUAUAGCCUGCGUUUCCGAAAGGUCUCUGCAAAUCGACUUAUACUGGUGCGUUUACAUUUAAAAAACCUCGGUUCAUACGGCCUAUCGGUGUAAAGAGGGACGCUAACUUUGGACUAUGGAGACUCCGGUUGGAUUAGGAGGAGUUUGCGACUCCCCAAACGCCGUUUUUCGUGGACCUUACCAAAACGUUUUUCAUAACGUGCGAGUUGCAUUUCAGAGUAACAGCGCUGGCCCCGAGAGCUUGGACUUUUCAAGUUCAAAGUACAGUUUCUUACAGGAUAUACACCCUUGGGAGAUGCGCCAAUCGAACAGACAGACACCCCGUAACGCCAAAGGACAAUGUCAUGGGACGUCUCGUAAUUCGGACAUCGGAGUGCAGGAAGCUGACAGUGCUAAUUUUCCGAUGCAGCCUGAGGCUGAAGCCAGACGUAUCCGUACUGCAAAAAGCUCAUUGGGUAGCGAAAGCUUCUCUUGUGUGCUGGAGCCAGACAAUGCAGAUGAAAAUGCAUACGACCCCUUUCUGUCCGACUUGUCCGACUGUUACUCGGAACGACAAUCCUCGCUACCAACUGUGCCCCUUCAGAGACGGGAGAUAAAUCCAAACAGUGACGCUUGUGUUUCGAACAGUCGCGCUGAGCCUGCAAGCACCACCAUCUCAGAAACGGCAAGAGAGCUGUGCAAAGCCGUUUCCGUCUCUCUGGGUUUAAACAUGGAUUCAAACGAGAUGAAUGAUCCUGGACCCAACCAUACUUCAUCUCUCGCAAGUGACCGAAGUCAAGAAAACUAUAGGUUUGAAGUGCCUUUUUUGGAAUGCCCUGCAACUGGAGCAAAUGUCCAGCUGGCAGACUACAAAUGCUCCACUGUUCAUGAUGGACGACCGCUACAAAAUGAUAAGUAUGCUGGAAUGUUUAAAAGUACCUACGUAAAAGACUUGGCGAAUGAGGUUGCACCUUUACAACAGCUCAGCUCUAUAUAUUCAAACGGGGACGGACAAGAGACUCGACUGAAUGUGGGGAUUGAUAACCUAACUUCUAAGGAGCCCGAGAGUUGCCUGAAUAUGGAUGAAGCGCGCUCCGCUUUCUGUCAGUUUAACCAGCUGUUGCCAGCUAACCUGACACAAUACAGUCAUACCAAUCCAGUGUCAGAGGAUCGGGACAACAUAAGGUCCCACGCCUUCAACAAAACUUCGGCACAUACCAACGAAGUGGAUGAGAACAUAGAACAGAUGUAUGUCAACAGUUUAGCACGGUAUAGCGUGAAGAUAAAGUCAGAGAACGUAAAGACUGAACCUACUGAUCCAUGGGGACUUCAGUACAAGUAUAAUGAAAAUGGCAACACACAAUAUGCACCCUCUCGUCACGCUAUUCAUCCAUACUGUACCGGACAAAAUAAUUCGUUUGUUGUGGAACCAUUUGAAUAUGGAAGAGGUGGUGCAGUUGUCCCGAGGGAUCGAUCUGCUUCGGAGCAGUGGUUCCCAGGUGUGAUGCUCGGCAAGAUGCCUUACACCAAUUACCCUUGCACGAAAAAUGAAGUCACUGAUUGGCUGGAUGUACCUUACGCUAAUAUCAGGAUUGAUGGUGGCCGGGAGCACAUGUUCCCCAUGGAGUUCUUCUUUCCGCCCCAGAGAACCUGCUUGAUCUGUGCGGAUGAGGCGUCUGGGUGCCACUAUGGGGCUCUCACAUGUGGCAGCUGCAAGGUGUUCUUCAAGAGAGCCGCUGAAGGAAAACAGAAAUACCUAUGUGCCAGCAGAAAUGACUGCACCAUUGAUAAGCUGAGAAGGAAGAACUGUCCAUCUUGCCGUCUGAAGAAAUGCUUUGAAGUUGGAAUGACCCUUGGAGCGCGCAAGCUGAAGAAGAUUGGACAGUUUAAGCCUCUAGAAGACCCUCCUGUCCAGGGGCCAAUCGAUGCCAUCCAGUGCAUCUCUCCAAAAUCUAGCCUCAGCUUCCCCACUCAGCUGGAGUUCCUCAACAUCCUGGAGUCCAUUGAGCCAGAGGUGGUCAAUGCCGGCUAUGACCACGGUCAGCCUGACUCGGCUGCCACUCUCCUGACCAGCCUGAAUGAACUGGGAGAGAGGCAGCUGGUCAGAGUUGUCAAAUGGGCCAAGGGGCUGCCAGGUUUUCGGAAUUUGCAUGUGGAUGACCAAAUGACCGUCAUCCAGCAUGCCUGGAUGGGAGUUAUGGUGUUUGCGAUGGGAUGGAGGUCCUACAAAAACGUGAAUGCCAGAAUGCUGUACUUUGCUCCUGACCUUGUUUUCAAUGACCGGCGGAUGCGUAUCUCCAGCAUGUACGAGCACUGCAUCCGGAUGAGGCACCUCUCCCAGGAGUUUGUCCUGCUCCAGGUCACUCAGGAUGAGUUUCUUUUCAUGAAAGCGCUCCUCCUCUUCAGCAUCAUCCCAGUGGAGGGUCUCAAAAAUCAGAAGUAUUUUGAUGAAUUGCGGAUGACCUACAUUGGUGAAUUGAAUCGUCUCAUUAACUAUGAGAGAAAGACCAACUCUUCACAGAGGUUCUCUCAACUCACCCGACUCAUGGAUUCCCUCCAGCCGAUUGUGAAGAAGCUUCACCAGUUUACAUUUGACCUUUUUGUUAAGGCCCAGUCCCUUCCCACAAAGGUCAACUUUCCUGAGAUGAUGUCAGAGAUAAUCUCUGUGCAUGUGCCAAGGAUACUUGCUGGCAUGGCUAAACCAAUCCUGUUCCAUAACUAACAGAAAUUCCUGCAGUCCUGAGUUAGCUACCCAUACCCUGCUGGCUCUGCACAUCACAAGCAAAGCUCUAUAGUGUAAUUUCUCAGUGAAUAUUUUUUUGAAUAUCUCAGUGUACCAUUCAAAACCAUUACACUAUUACAGUAGUUUAGCUGCUUGUCAAACAUAAUUGCGAUCAUUUCAUCAAAUAGGCUUAGUUUCAGCAUCAAUCCUAAGAGUAAAAAAGUGUGAUCUGGUGUAGAACACUUCUGUAUUUCCAAAAUCCUUACUUGAUUUUCCCAAGGAAAUACGCCCAAGACUGAGCAUAAAAUAAAAUCUAAGGAACACAGAAGUACAAUCUUUGCAUUAACUAAGGUUUACAAGAUCAAUCACAGGUAUACGUAUCUAUGCAUACAUUUAUGUUUGAUAUUUUGUUAAGGGCGUAUCUAUUGUCUGGGUAUGUAUGCUGCUUUACUCAUCACAUGAUACAGAUAUACACCUUAUUUCCUUCAAAAAUCACACUUCUAUCUGCGUAGGACCUCAAUAUUGCUGUAUCAGUCUGUGUAUAGAGUCCAUACAAGUAUAUACUUCAGAAUAUACAUGCUGUACAAACACAACUGUCUUUAUAAGUUUUCUAGGCAAUGAAUACUAUAGUUGGUAUUGAUACCUUAGUGUGGAAUUGUACUGAACAUUUCUGAUUCAAUGGUACAAAAGAAAUCUAGUGUAUUUUCCUCUACAAGUAAAAUUAUAUAAUUUCUUUGCAGUAGAAGUGGACAUGAAAAGUACUUAAGUCUGCACAUGAUAUAAACAAGUACUUUGCGUGUUGAUUGAUUUCAAAUUAAAAUAUUGGUAAAGAGGAAAAAAUCUGUAGAGGGACCAUCUGAAAUACAUGAACAUUGAGCAACAAAAUACCAGAUUGUUUAAAUAAUUAAUCUUGGCCACAAAGUCAUCCAUACAACUCAAACUGCUAAGGCCUCAUAGUCACUCAAGUUUGACUGCAAGAGGUCAUAUUUAAGGUUAUUAAUUUUUUGCAUUGAACACAUUUUCAUCCACACAUUUAAGUACUGGCAAGCAAAAGUGUAUGGACCAUAUAUUUUGUAGAUAUUUUAAUGUCUCUUUCUUUGCCGAGAGAUCUGCAUGUAAACAACAUGUAAACAAACAACUCAAUGUUUAUGAAAGUUUCCAAUAAAUGUAAAUUGUGCAAGUGCAGUACAAUCAGCAACCCGGAUAGAUAUGUUUCUUGUUCGUAUAUGGUCAUACAGCAAUUAAAUAAACAGGCCACUUACCAUUACCUGAAUUUAGUCAUAUUUUUUGUAAAUUAAAAAAAAAAAACUUUUCCAACAUCUUUUCUAUGAAAUCUUUUUAAAUUGUGUGCUUUUGGGAAUCAAAUACUUAAAAUGUCUGCCGAAAGGUAGCUUACAUUUUAUCAGAUAUUACACAUUGCUGCAGCUACAUAUUUAUGUUCUUGUACAUAUUUUGUGGAGUGCACAACAUUUUUCUCCUGCUGAAGAAAAUAUUCAUAAUUUGCAUCAAUGUGCCAAAUAGGCUAAUUCUUCUCUCUGCACCAGCAAUAAAUGCUUUUAUAGAACCAUUCAUUCACAUUCAUAGAUAAAUAUUAAAGCCGCUUGGCUACACAGAAUGUGCACUGUUUUUGAAAAAGAUAAAAAGUAAAUGCCUGCUUACAAGAUGUUUGUAUAAUGUGUUUGUCAUUGUUGUUCAGUCAUUUUAUUAAGCUUGCUCAAUAUCAUGAAUACAGUCGAGCCCUCUUAUAAAAUCCAAAUGUUCCUGUUAACUGCAGUAAAAUUAGUGCUGCAGGUGAAGGUGGCAGUCGGUGCUAAACUUUGGGGUCAAUUCAAAUUCAAGCAAGGUGAACUGAAAAAUAAAAACCUUUAUGAUAAUUAAGGCUGCAUUACAUUUGCACAACUGAAAUAUGUUGUAUAUGUUGUAAAAAAAAGUAAUGCUGCCUUGUCCUCCUG